CGCCCUCCCGCCAGCCCGCCUCGCACGCACCGGCCUCGGCUCGGGCUCCCCGCUCCCGCCGCCUAGCGAAGCCGCGCUGGGCUCCGAGCUGCCGCUCAUGGAGAAAGUGCCCGGCGACAUGGAGAGAGAGCGCAGGGAGCGGAGCGAGGAGCUGUCCGAGGCGGAGAGGAAGGCGGUGCAGGCUACGUGGGCCCGGCUGUAUGCCAACUGCGAGGACGUGGGGGUGGCCAUCCUGGUGAGGUUCUUCGUGAACUUCCCAUCAGCCAAGCAGUACUUCAGCCAGUUCAGACACAUGGAGGACCCCUUGGAGAUGGAGAGGAGCCCCCAGCUGCGGAAGCAUGCCUGCAGAGUCAUGGGGGCCCUCAACACUGUCGUGGAGAAUCUGCACGACCCAGACAAGGUGUCCUCCGUGCUUGCCCUGGUCGGCAAAGCACAUGCCCUCAAGCACAAGGUGGAACCUGUGUACUUCAAGAUUCUCUCUGGGGUCAUUCUGGAGGUGAUCGCCGAGGAGUUUGCCAAUGACUUCCCUCCUGAGACGCAGAAAGCCUGGGCCAAGCUGCGUGGUCUCAUCUACAGCCAUGUGACCGCUGCCUACAAGGAAGUGGGCUGGGUACAGCAGGUCCCCAACACCGCCACCCCACCGGCCACACUGCCGUCUUCGGGGCCAUAGGACCGCUCCCGGCUCCCCCGUCCCUGGCAGCACUUUGGGCAGAAGGCUGAAUUCUGAAGACACUCCUUGACCUUCCAUUUCUGAGUGCCAAGAAAGCUGGAGGAACUCUGACUGGACUUCCCGAAAGGAGGCCUUCCUCAUGGCCCUGGCCCCCCAGGCUGCUGGGAGGGAGCUGAGCCUAAGCAGUGGAGGGGCUCUUCUGCCUCGCAGCAGGGGGUGUCCUUGUCUUAGCUUUUCUACUUACCGUUAGAGAGGGACCUAGCAAGUGGCCGGUGGGAAUCGAGGCCAAGCCUGCGAGUCACUUGGGAAAAGAACUAGCUUCAUUCUGCCCACCAGCAUGCGGGUUCACGCCACCAUCUCUAGAGUAUCACGCACACAUGUCUACCAUAUAUACAAAUAUAUUCUAUAUACGAUCUCUAUAUAAAUAUAUAUACGUACAUAUC